GAAGUCCUCAGGCAAAGAACACACCUGGAUCCUGAUCCUGCCACAUGGACACCUGGACAGUAUUCCCAGGGAGUACCCAUCAGUACCCAUCAGGCGGGCUCCCAGAAUACUGCAGUAAUACUCUGGUCUGUUAGGACCAGAACUGAGUAAAGACUCUGACUCUCACACUUUCAGGAAGUCUGCUCCAGAUUCUGAUCUGUAGUCUCCGCUGUUAGCUGCCGUCCUGCAGAGUCAUCCUGCAUCAGUUAACCAGGAUCCGUCUCCUGUUUCAGGGUCUCUGAGUCUGAACCUGGUGGGAUGUAGCGACAUGUCUCUGCAGGUGACGUUGCAGCAGAGAAUCGUCUCCGCCCAGAUGUUGCUGAAGCGGGCGGAGACGCUCUGUCCCGGCGUGGAGGGUCACCAGAAGCUCUGUGGGAAACUGCGAGCGGAGCUGCGCUUCCUGCGGCGGGUGGAGGCCGGGGAGCUGCAGGUCAAAGAGUCUCACCUGCACAGCACCAACCUGACUCACCUGACGGCCAUCGUGGAGUCGGCCCAGAGCCUGGAGGGCGUGGUCGCUCUGCUGCACGUCUUCACCUACCAGGACGCCGCCGGAGGCCGGCAGACGCUGGUGGUGGACGUGGUGGCCAAUGGGGGACACACCUGGGUGAAGGCGGUGGGCAGGAAGGCGGAGGCUCUGCACAACAUCUGGCAGGGGCGGGGCCAGUACGGAGACAAGAGCAUCAUCAGGCAGGCCGAAGACUUCCUGCAGGCCGGCCGCCAGCACCUGGUCCAGUACCGACACCCCCACAUCGUCUUCGCCUUCUACAACGGCGUCUCCUGCCCCAUGGCCGACCGCCUGAGGGACAUGGGCGUCUCCGUCCGCGGGGACAUCGUCGCCGUCAACGCCAUGGAGACGGAGGAGGGAGCAGAAGAGGAGGAGGAGCAGGAGGAGGACGACGAGGAGGAGCCGGUCGAAGAUAACGAGGAGGAGGAGGAGUCGGAGCUGACCCGGGUGGACCGCGGCACGGUGGUGGCCAGCCUGGCGUUCCCCGCUCAGGUGCAGGUGGAGGAGUGUCGGCGGGUUAACCUCGACAUCACCACGCUCAUCACGUACGUGUCAUCGCUGAGUCACGGGCGCUGUCACCUCACCUUCAGGGAGCCGGUGCUGACGGAGCAGGCGGCCCAGGAGCGCCGGCUGCAGGUGCUCCCGCAGCUCGACGCCUUCAUGCAGGGGAAGGAGCUGUUCGCCUGCCGCGCCGCGGUCCACGACUUCCAGGUGAUCCUGGACACGCUGGGGGGGCCGGGCGAGAAGGAGCGCGCUCAGAAGCUGCUCGCCCGCCUCCGCGUGGUGGACGACCAGCCUUCGGAGCGCACGCUGCACCUCACGCCAAGCGCCAAAGUCAACCGCCGCUCGCUCAUGAUCUUCGGCACCGGAGACUCGCUGAGAGCCGUGACCAUGACCGCGAACAGCCGGUUCAUCAGGGCGGCGGCCAAUCAGGGCGUCCAAUACAGCGUGUUCAUCCACCAACCCAGAGCCCUGACCGAGGGCAAAGAGUGGAGGGCCACGCCCAUCUGAGACAGCGGGGGCUGCUGGGAGUUUGAGUUAAAUGUUGGUGAAAUAAAAUCUGCUGAGCGUUAAAACGUCGGAGGCACUUCCUGCUCGCCUGCUGCAGGAGGUCACAUGGUUCCUUCCCUUUGCAGCCACAUGUGAUCAGUGACACUUAAAUAAAUAUAUAUAUAUAAAUAAAAUGAUAUAUAAUCCUGAAA